UUUAUAAGGACCGUGCUUUCCCUCCCAAACUAACCGGGAAGGGAAAGAAUGUUCUAAAUCGUACCACACGUCCAACAGUCGCCUUAGUGAGAGAGGGUGAGUGAGGAGCAAGCGGAGCAGCCCCUCUCGAUCUGUCCCCAGCCAAAGGCGGCCACUUUCUCUUUAAAUGCAAAUCACCUCCCUCCGGCUUAGGCUUAGCUGCCGCCCUUUCGAGUACCCGAGUACCGGGGAGGACAGCGAGGAAGGCCGAGGAAUUUGCAUCGAGGCUUCAGCAUCACUCGGGACCCCAGACCUCCAGGCCUGAGGCUCAGCCAGCAUCCAAUGGAUGAUAAGAAGAAGAAAAGGAGUCCCAAGCCCUGCUUGGCUCAGCCAGCCCAGGCACCAAGCACACUUCGAAGGGUCCCGGUACCCACAAGCCACAGUGGCUCCUUGGCCCUGGGACUCCCUCAUCUGCCAUCCCCCAAGCAGCGGGCCAAGUUCAAGAGAGUAGGCAAGGAGAAAUGUCGCCCAGUGCUGGCCGGAGGCGGGGGUGGCUCUGCAGGCACGCCCCUGCAGCACUCCUUCCUGACCGAGGUGACCGACGUCUAUGAGAUGGAGGGCGGCCUGCUGAAUCUGCUCAAUGAUUUCCAUUCCGGCAAGCUCCAGGCCUUUGGGAAGGAAUGCUCCUUCGAGCAGCUGGAGCACGUGCGAGAGAUGCAAGAGAAGCUGGCCCGACUGCACUUCAGCCUGGAUGUGUGUAGGGAGGAGGAGGACGAGGAAGAAGACGACAGAGUCACUGAGGGGCUGCCAGAGGAACAGAAAAAGACCAUGGCCGACCGCAACCUGGACCAGCUGCUUAGCAACCUUGAAGAUCUUAGUAAUUCUAUACAGAAACUGCACCUGGCGGAGAACGCUGAGCCUGAGGAGCAGUCAGCUGCGUAGGUGCUGGACGCAAGCCCAGAAUGCCUCUCUCACUCCUUUCAAACUGUGACUUUUUUAUGGACUCGGGAGCGUAUUCCACAGCUCCCAGGUGCUAUAGGGCGGGGGGCACUGGAUGGAAUUAAAAAAAAAAAAAAAAAA